CACGAGACUGGGACCAAACUCCGUCCGGUUUCCUGGAAGAGAGGGAGGGAUGAGCGGGGGUCUCCAAGAGCGCAAGGCCAGUGGUGGGGCUGGUGCGGGGUGCUGUCCUGGAGGGUGCCAGGGGCUGCUGGGAUGAGGAGCCCUGCGCAGAGGACAUGGAGAAGGAGCGGGAGCCUCUGCAGGCCUGGAAGGAGCGUGUGGAGCAGGAGCUGGACCGCGUGGUGGCCUUCUGGAUGGAGCACUCCCACGACCGGGAGCACGGGGGCUUCUUCACGUGCCUUGGCCGUGAUGGCCAGGUGUACGAUGACCUCAAGUACGUCUGGCUGCAGGGGAGACAGGUGUGGAUGUAUUGCCACCUGUACCGCAAGUUUGAGCGCUUCCACCACUCUGAGCUUCUGGACACGGCAAAAGCAGGUGGUGAGUUUCUGCUGCGUUAUGCCCGGGUGGCACCUCCUGGCAAGAAGUGUGCCUUUGUGCUGACGAGGGAUGGCCGCCCGGUCAAGGUGCAGCGGACCAUCUUCAGCGAGUGUUUCUACACCAUGGCCAUGAACGAGCUGUGGAGGGUGACAGGGGAAGCGCGGUACCAGAGCGAAGCGGUGGAGAUGAUGGAUCAGAUCGUCCACUGGGUGCGGGAGGACCCAGAAGGUCUGGGCCGGCCUCAGCUCCCCGGGGCCCCCGCCACGGAGCCCAUGGCAGUGCCCAUGAUGCUACUCUACCUGGCACAGCAGCUUGGGGAGAACGAGGACGAGCUGGCCAGCAAAUAUGAGGAGCUGGGCGACUGGUGUGCCCAGAGAAUUCUGCAGCAUGUCCAGAGGGAUGGACAAGCUGUGCUGGAGAAUGUGUCAGACAGUGGCCAGGAACUUUCUGGUUGCCUGGGGAGGCACCAGAACCCAGGCCACGCUCUGGAAGCCGGCUGGUUCCUGCUCCGUCAUGCCACACGGAAGGGCGACCUCCAGCUCCGAGCCCACGUUAUCGACAAGUUCUUACUGCUGCCCUUCCGCUCCGGGUGGGAUCCCGAUCACGGAGGCCUUUUCUACUUCCAGGAUGUUGAUGAGCUUUGCCCCACCCAGCUGGAGUGGGCCAUGAAGCUCUGGUGGCCACACAGCGAAGCCAUGAUCGCCUUUCUCAUGGGCUACAGUGACAGUGGGGACCCUGCCUUGCUGCACCUCUUCUACCAGGUGGCCGAGUACACUUUCCGCCAGUUUCGAGAUCCUGAGUACGGGGAAUGGUUUGGCUACCUAAACCAGGAAGGAAAGGUCGCCCUCACCAUCAAGGGGGGUCCUUUCAAAG